GUGGAUCUUGACUCUACCCACUCAUCAACCCUUGCUCGCCUCUAACGCGCACUUGUUACCUUUCCAUUUUCUCAUUCGCUUUUCCUCUUCUUUCAAACGAAACCCCUUUUCGCCCUACAAACCGCAUACAUUCACUACCUGCUAUCAUUGUCGCCACUUGUAAUCUCGACCUCUCGACUACGAGCAGGCCUACUUUAAUCCUAACGACGAGCCUUUCUACGAACCCAUUCAAUUGGGGCUCAUACGAUUGUGGUGUGGAACACCCGUAUUUCAUACCAUACCACACUUCUUCCUCACGACCUCAUCCAACCCAUUCACGAUGCCCUCCGGAACGAAACGACCAAGGAAACGGAAUCCGCAGACAGCGUCGCCCAGCACACCAUCUUCAUCACUCCCAGAGAGUCCUGUAGCAGCUUCACCGUUGGUCGGGUCGCCUUCCCUGGGUGGUGUCUUGCACGAUAUGUUGUUCGAACAGGGAGCAGAGAUGGAGAGAGCUUCGCCGAGCAAAUAUCCCACCCCGCUUCCUGAGGACGAGGACGAGGACGAAGAACGUGAUGCCCUUCCCAUCCGGAUGCGAGCGUUUGAAGCUCCUCCCUUGGUAGCCACGCUAUCUGCAGCGACAGAUGUGCGACAUCCAAGGAGGGAAAUUGAUCUGGGAAGGGAAGAAACGGACGGAGUUUCGCUUAUUGAUAUGGACAAAGUGGAGGUUGAAGAGAUGAGAAAGACUGCUGACUCGCAUUCGGCGGUCACUUCCAACGGUGCUAUCCCGGCAAGGCGCACGGUUGCUACUUCGCAACCAGUGCAGCGGUCCUCGAAGCCCGACAAUCAGACCCUUUACAACUCAUCGCGCAUGGCCAGCAUACCAUCACCGGCUUUCCCACCGUCUCAGCCAGCCGGUCAUGUUCGGAGCGCCGAACCGCCCAGGAUACCAUCAUCCAGCGCCGCACCUCGUGCCUUAUCGGCGCUCUCCGCGACCCUCCGCGCCGUCCAAGCAGCCACCAGCACGGCGACCGCCUAUGCAACAUCGACACAUGCCCACGCAAACACGGGGGCUUCCAUGCCGGGGCCCAUGUACUCACCAUUACCACCUCAGUGGAUCGGUGGCUUCUCUGACCACAUCUAUCCCGGUGUUACCGAAACGAUGCGACGACCGAGUGAUGAGGAGGAUCGGGUCUUGAAUGCUACCUGGGCGGAUGUUAUGUUCCCCGGCAAUAGCGAAGGCACCCGACUUCUUACUCUCGUCUUCGAGGAGGGGGUUCAAAUUUGGGAUGUGACGGACGUUGCUGAUGGAUCUGGUGUGCGAGAAGUGCUGAAUCUGGAUCUUUCACUUUGUCCGUUAGGUGCGGCGGAUGGUGAAGGUGCAAUGUCGGGCCCUGUGACCAGCGCAGUUGUGCUUCCGCCCAUGGCAUCAUCUGGAGGUCAGAUAGACCUGGCCAUAUUGACAUCGCACUCGUUAUAUCUGUACGACGUGAUUUCGGGUGUUCUGACUGCAUCAUAUGUGUUCCCGUCACCAGCCCAAGCCACCCUCAGCGACUGGCACGACAUGGAUUUCACAUAUGGGAGUCCCACAAGACGCGAGUUGCAUGUUGCUUCUCAAAGGAUCGGUACACCAGUACGCUUUGAAGUGGGAAGAAAGGGAAUAGUGGUUUCAACGAACUAUCCGACCGGGCUGGUGAUCCUGUCACGGCCAUCGUUGGAGCUGCUGCUGGUCGUUCCAGAGGCAGAUCUCGUUAUUCCUCGUGCCCCACCGUCAUCCACAUCAGCGAAUAGACGAGCCUCCGUUGCUUCUAGUACAUCACCCGGAAGUCCGAUCAUCUACUCGUCCAGAAGGUCUUCGCAUUACUCAGGAUCUCCGCCAGCUCCCGAGAUAUCGUCGAGCUCGCCACCAGCCCAGCAACCCAUCUUCGCCAUGAACGAACGAUUACUGGCCUUCUUAGCUCCCGUUCCUGCAACAAUGUCCAGUCCGCCGCUUCAUGUGGCCGGCGUGGACCCACCCCCAGCUCUGGAAACGCUGGAGAAGUGGGGCCGCAGCAUUGGUCGCUUCUUCUCGCGUAGUGCGCCGGCUGCGGCGGGUGUCGUUGGUGCUCUGGUUGGGAGCCCGAGCUCUACUGCGUCGUCUGCUGCAUCGGAUCACGAGCCGGUGGAGGAGAACGGCUGCAUCCGAGUUCUUGAUUUGAGGCAUCUGUUUGCAGGAACCGAAGCGAACGCGACCCGAGAAGUGCACGUCUUCCAUCCAGGCCGUGCUGCUGUCGGCAAGCUAGCAUUCACAGGCGACGGAACGGAGCUAAUCGCUGUCCGGCGGGAUGGACUCGGGGCUACCGUAUGGGGUCUGCGCUCAAAUCCGACUGCCCCAGCCAACUACUCAACGUCACCUGCGCAUCUCUACACUCUUCACCGUGGCCGAACAGCGGCUUACGUUGAGUCGAUUUCCCCGGCGUCCGACGGAAGGUACAUCGCGUUGACUACGAAGCGGCGGACGAUACAUGUGUUUGCGGUCAAUCCUGGCGGGGGACAAGUCAGUGGAAUUGGGCAUGUUCAUGGGAGAGGCACUAUGAUGGGAGAUUCCAGUGCUGAUGGUCUCGGAUUGCAUGCUCUUGUUCGGAUGAAGCUGCCUCCGCCGAGGAAGGUGACUUCUGAGACUGUUCACGAAGAGGUCCACCUCCUCACUGGAACUGCCUCGACACCGCCACCUCUUGCCGUGACAUUCUUACCACAGAAAUCAAGCCCAGGCCGCACCAGUCCUCAUUCGCCUUCACCUCCUUUCCGUAAUCAGCCUCUGCACGGCACACAGGAUAUGCUCGUCUUUGACCCGCUCGACGGUGUUCUCAGUCUACGGAGGAUUACGACCAGCCUCGAGCCGCAUCUCGGAGGAAUUGAUAUUGGGCUGGGCUCGAUGAAGGUGCCAGUCCCUGUGAGCGUUUCGUUGCCAGCUGCACGAGCCCUGGGUCUCAGUAGCGCGACGAGUGUCAGCGCUAGUCCACCGCUUCCCAUCCAGUCGUUUGGUUCGCCGGGUUCAUACGCCAGUAGUCAUCACCAGCAUUCUGCAUCGGCUGGAUCGGACCUAGGAGAGCUGGUCGGCAAGGAGAUGAUUGUGGCAACGUGGAGAUUGGGACGGAAACGUGGCUGGGACGAGGUACGAAGUGCGGAGCGAUUGCUGAAGUCGGGCAGCAUCGAGGCCGGCAAGCAAGACGACUGGCUUGCGCAAGCUGAGCUGUCUACAUGCCAAUAUACCCGCCCGAUCUACCUUGCGCAUCAGUUCUCGUUCUACCGCCUCGGUGAAGACUACCACGCGCUCAUUCGACGGUAUCAGCUGGGCAUCCGCGGCAAGCGCAUCCAAAUGCGCCGCCCAAUCGAGGUCAGCGCCGUCGCGUCCGGAGGAGGAGGGGAAGCUUUUGUCGAGGGAUUCGGAUACGACUUGCCAACUAACGUUGAGAAACGUCUUCGGACGGAGCGCCGUCAGACCUCAGCCUCGUUCGAUGAACCCCUCGCGAGCGCCUUGUCCGGAAGUACACCAUACAGUCUGCCGACACAACCCAUUCUACCGAUGCUCCCCAAUGGAGAUGGUCGACGACGAGGGAUACCGAUCAGAGCGGUUACACACGGGCUGGGGGAUGGAGUUGCCGGCGGAUUGGGCCGUUUGAGGCGGGAGAUGAGAACUCAGACGCGAGUCUCCCCUCCGGCAGCCCAAUACAAUGAAGACAUGUUGUCGGUGCCACUCGAGUUCGACGAUGAAGAUGAGGAUUUCGCGGUUCCAGAGGACGAUCCAUCGCACCUGCAAUCGGAGGACCUCUCAAACGUGUCGACCCCCUCGACGGCCAUGGCUGAAGUUGAGGAAGCAGAAGAUCUGCAGAAAGUUCAAGAGGACGAAUCUGCGUUUGGAUGGAAUGCGGAAGAUGCCCAAGCGGUCGAGGAAGCCGAGCGAUUCGACACCAUCUCGGUCAAGGGUUUUCUUGAAGAGGGAGAGAUCGAUGCGGCUGCCACAAUCGUGCUGCCGAAACGAAAGAAGAAGGCGAAGAAGUGAUCCCUUGCGAGGAAGGAAGGCAUCUUGCAUUGUCAUAUCUAUUUCUACCAAGUAUAGCAAAUCAAAUCUACAACGCAAAUGUAUAACUAUAUGUCACUUGUACGUUCAGAUGACCGUCUUUCCGUAAGACACCAGAAAGUCAU